GUUCGUGCAGCAUAACAGACAGAGACGGGCUACACUUACAUCCCACAACAUGACUUUCACCGCUGUGCUCUGUAUCGUGGCUUUGUUACCACUGCAAGGGGAUUUUCAAGAGGUUCACACUGAAAGUGUAACUGUGGAGGAGGGGCAGGAUUUAAGCCUACAAUGUGAUUUUACCGGAGACCACGAAUCUGCCUUCACAUGGUCAAACCCUCGGGGGUUUCUCAUUUUUCUAAAGAGCAACCGAGGUUUAAAAGAUCAGAGAUACAAGCUUAUCCAUUAUUCAAAAUAUAAAUUAUCUAUCAGCCUCUCUAAUGUAACAGUACAGGAUGAAGGCACAUACACAUGCUUCUACUAUGACGUACCAGUCAAAACCAAGAAAGUGAAUGUUACUGUCUUAGCUGCUCCCUCCAAGCCACUGUUGGAAGUAUCAGAUAUUAGAACCAAUGGCAAAGAAGAAAAGAUUGUACUGAGCUGCUUAACCCAGGGAAGCAAGCCUCCUCCUCAGAUUACAUGGCUGCUAAAUAAUGGGCUGGAAGUCGAUGGUGACAUCAAACACAAGUUUGAACACGAUGGAAAGAAAUGCAACACAACCAGCACUCUCAUAGUCCAUGCAUACAACCAAAAUUCAACAGCCAGUUGUGUCGUUCGUCAUGAAACCCUUCGAGGAGAAAGACUGACAGCAUCUUUCCAGUUUGAACGUUUCACGACUACUACAGGCUCAGCUCCAAGUAUGUUAGAAAUAAGCACGAGGACCUCUGAGCAUCCUCAGCAUUAUAUGGAAUCCACAGAAGCUACCCCGAAAUCUAUAAUACAGACAUCACCUGUGAGCAUAUCUCUAGCAACAAGUACCCAACAGGAAGUUUUUUCUUCUCAGAUGACAGUUGUGAUUGCUACAGAGUCCAAUCCAAAUAUUAACACCGUCUUCUCUCAAAAUCCUCUGCACUCUACUGGAUCCAGCCAACCAAACUUUCCUACCACUGUACCUGAGAAGCCAUCUACUACCAGCUUACCAGCAAUACCUACCCAGCAGAGGGAAUUACCAGCCAACACAACUAUUUGGUCAGAAGUAAAACUAACCGUAAAUGAGGAAAUUUCUAGUACAGAAGCACCGGCAACAAGUAGUGAACCAGGCACUCAGAAUGCUAACAGCACCAUUGAGCCAGAAAUAACUUCUCUUACAGAUAUACCAGCAAUAAACAAUGAACAAUCAACUCAAAACUCCAACAUCACCACUGGAUCUGAAAUGAUAUUAAAUGUGACCUCUGGGACAGAAGAACCAUCAACAAGCCAUGAAGAAACAACUCUGAAUUGUAAUGCCACCAUCAAAACCGAUCUUAAUUCUGAAGGAAUCAGACAAAGGCAAACAAGUGUUUUGUUGCCAGUCCUGGUAGCUGUCCUUAUUUUUCUGAUGCUCAUCAUAGUCCUGCUCUUCAUGAGGAAGCUGCAAAAAGCACACAGAGUUUGGAAGAGAGAAAAUGACACUUCAGAACAGACAUUGGAGAGUUACAAAUCCAGGUCUAAUGAAGACAAUGGACAAGUUGCCAAUCAGAAGCCUAACAUGCAAUACGUAACUGAAGGAUAUGCAGCAACAAUAAAGUCGAAUUCAGAACAAAGAGAUAUUUCAGCAUUUGAGAAACAGCUGGCAUAUGGAAAAGAAACUAAUGUAUAGAAGUCAGGACUUGUUGGCAACAUUGUACUAUGUACAGAA